AUGUUGUUAGGUGCUGUGCCGGAGUCGCCCGCUGGGCUCUUGCCCAAAGGACAUAAUCACAGAGCGACGGACUUUUCUAUUGCGGCGAUUAUGGCCAGGAGGGGUGCCACGGAAACUGGAGGAGAGGAGAAGAUCAGCUCCGGUGACGGACCUUUAUCCCGCCUGAGCUCACCCUGCGCUACCGAAGACCUCGACCCUCUCGACCCCUUGGUAGACGUAGACGACGACGACGUCGAAGUAGACGUCGAAGAGUGCUCCGACGGUGAGUCAGCCUCUUCCCCUAGGCCCCCUAAGGCCUCCAAACCGUCCAGGCGGAGUCCAGCAGCCUCAGAAUGCGGCUCCGAAGGGGACAGAGACACCCCCGACGAUGUGGUUGAGAAAGGACCUAAGAAGGUGCUUUGCAAUUGCGAAGAGCUGCUUGGGGUUGAGUGUCACUUGGAGACGAAGGACUUGUGGGACAAGUUUCAUGAUCUGGGGACGGAGAUGAUCAUCACCAAAACUGGAAGGUAG